GUUCUUAAUCAUCUAUUUAAUUAAGACAAUUAAUCUUUGGUUUGAUUUUUGUUAAUUUUAUCACAAUUACCAUUCCUCUUGUUACCCUCCAGUUUAUUUAACCUUCGACUUUUGUUUCUGUUAACAGUUUUUCUCUCAAUUAAUUUUGCCUUCAACAUUUUUCCAUUUGUUGUUUGUAACAACAACCAUUUUCUUUAAUUAUCAUGUUGAUUAAUUGGUGUUUUUCUUUCCAAAUGCUUCUCAUAUUGUAAUUUAAUCUCUUAAUUAAUCAACAAAUUCGUCAAAUUGUGGUUCAUCAUUUUUCUAUCAUCAUCUUGUUUUCCUUUUUCUCCCAUGUGAUUAUUAUUACAUAGACUUUGUUUUCUUCCCCAAUCACUUGUUGUGCUCUUCUCAUCUUUCACCAUUAAAUGUGAUUUUAAUUGUUCACUAUUUUUGUAGAAAUAUUAAUCUGGUUAAUAACAAUCUAAUUUCGUUUUCAAGACUACAGAAUCAACUAUGGAUUGUUUAAUGAUAUUCGAUGUUAACAACUAUCUUAUCUACGUUAAGCCAAAUAGAAAAUUUCUUGAAGGCCUGAGCUCAUUGGUAUUUGAUUCUAAAUUAUCGGAUUUACCGAGUGUCGAAAAAGUUACUCAAUUAUUGGUUAAAGAUUCUAAACAAUUAGAGAAUAUGAUUGUUCUUAUAUUUGCUCCCUAUGUGGCCGCUAUUCGAGUUCUAGGCGAGGAAAGUCCAACUUUGGACGUUUUCCAAGAUAAAUAUCCAACCGUUAAAUUGAUUCACUCUCAGUUUUUGGAUUAUAUAUUUUUCUAUGUUGCCGAUACAACCAAUUUCCACCAUGAUAAACAAAUGGAACAUAAUUUGAUUACUUUGGUGGCAAUUUCUAAAUUUCUGUUUGGUGUUGCUCUCAGUGAGAUUAAAGGUGAUGAUAAACAAAUGAACUUAUUAACAUCAAUGUACAACAAUUGGUUAAUCAAUUCAUCUUGUCCCGUAUAUUUGGUUGAGGCAAUGGAAAAAUUGUUCAUCAGCCAAUCGAUUCAAAAAGUAUUCGGUGAUCUACUUCGUUCCAACGUGAUUAAAUUAUCUUCUCAAACGGAUCGAUUCUCAAUUGAAAUUCCAUCUCAUGGAUUAUUUUUCGUGGAACGUAAAUUAUUAACCCGAACAUCAAGUCGAAAUGCUACCAAGUUGAAUAAAGGAGAUCUCGUGUUAAUCACUCUUCUAGUUGAUACUUUGCAACGGACUCGUGAAUAUUAUUCGGAAGAUGAGGAUAAAUUAAAGAUGUCAUUCUACAAUAAGGAAGAUGAAGACAAUCAAGGCAACCGGGAUGACGAUUAUAUUAACGACGAAGAUGAAGAUUAUGAGGAAAAAGUAAUUUUCCAAGAUGAAACUCGUAAAGAAAAUGAAAGUGAUAUUAUCGUUGUCGAUGAUGAUGGCGAAUCUCCUAAAUCUCAGAAAAUACCAUUAGCACUAAUAUCGGAAUCAUUAUCAUCGGAAACUUCAUCAUCAUCAUCAUCAUCAUCAUCAAAUUCACCAUCUCCCACAUCCUAUCGAAGUGAUAAUCCUCAUCUUCGUCCUCGGCGAGUUGGACAUUCUCGAGAAAAGAAGCACCAAUAUCGUUGGAAAGAGUUUGACCAGAGGUUAAUAUUUCUUCAUUCUUCCGUUGACCAAAGAUAUUUAGUUCCAUUUUACCUUCGUUAUAUUAGAAUAGCGGAAGAAAUUAGUCUAGUUAUCUUAUCUCAAUUACCUACAACCCUGAUGACCUUUCACAUUCACAAUUUACUAAACAUACUGAAUAUGCUUCAAUAUCGUCCAAAAGAUUUACGAUGUUCUCAUACUUUACAAGAAUUUGAUGUUUCUCUGGCCAAACUUAAUCGACAUCUCAACGAAACGGUUAACCAACCAAGUGAUCUUAUUAGAACUCUAAUGAUUAAAUUGAAUCAAGUUUCCAAAAGUGAGAUACGUAAACAUAUUCUCAGUCGAAAUGGAAUGGAAGAGAUUUCGGCUCAACUCGAUUCACUGGCCUCAUCGGUUUCGACAAUUUUAAAGACAGUUUAUUGUGAGAAAAUUUAUCUCCAUCAUAGUCGAUUAAUUGAAAGAUUUAAUAGCGAUCCAAUUGUCACAAAUUUUCUGUUCUCCCUUAAAAAUGGUUGUUCCUACAUUUUCAAAGAUUAUCUUGAUUAUUUUCGAGUGAAAAGUCAACGAAACAUGGCCAUCGAAGCCUAUCUCGACGUGGUUCCUGGUCUAGUUGGUUUUAUUUACGUCGAUCGUAAUCUCAAUGAACUAAUCAUGGCCAAAGUUGACGAUGGUGAUGAUGCCAUUGGCGAUUUUAAUUUGCUCAAUUUAAACCUUUCCAUUAAUGUCUUACCUCGACUCGUUGAAACUGCUUAUGUUAACCUUUCAUCUAAGGGUCAGUUAACCUCAACAUGGUCAGAAAACGGUCUCUCAUUUAAUUACAUCAUUUGGUUUGAGAGUGAAAAUGGAGAUAUUUUGAAAGUUCCUGAAAGUAAAUCAUCAGCUGAUCUAAUGAGUUAUCCAAGUAUGAUGAGCUUUAAUUUUGUCGAUAAAUUGUUGUCUUCCUGUUGGCCCAGUUAUCGAUUGGGUCCAUCGCCGACAAAAGGUGGUAAUUUACUCUCAUUUGAACUGUUCUAUGUUCAGAAGUUGACCCAUGUUAAACCUGGAAAUCAAAUAAUCGAAGCCCGUAAACUGGCCCGUCGCCUGUGGGCAGUAACCUCAUCAUCGACUCGAAAUGUGUCCAUCUUUUAAAGAAACAAGAUCAAUGAAUGUUUAAUCCUUAAUUCUCAUAAAUCUUUGUCAUUUUGCUGAAUAAAGAUUAUCCAUUUCAUGAUGAAAAAACAAACAACUCAAGUUGAUUUGACUGUAAUUUAGAAAAACAAAAAUGAUUCCUUGUUGAUUGAUGAAUACAUUUGAUUACAUUUAUCAGCCAAUUGUUGAAUUAAAUUAAACAAUCUAAUUUCACAUGGACAUAAGAGAUUAAAUGAAAUUGAUUAACAUUUGUAUUAACAA